ACCGGCAACGUUGCAAGCUGAAAUAAACCAUAUCCUAUGCCCACUCUUGGAUGAAUGCGUGGUGGUGUACCUGGACGACAUUCUCAUCUACUCGUGCGACAUGCAGCAGCACGUCCAACACCUGCGACGCGUCUUCGACAUUCUUCGACGAGAACGAUUCUACGUCAAGUUAUCCAAGAGCGAAUUCGCCCUCGAGAAAGUCCAAUUCCUAGGACACAUGGUGAGCGCUCAAGGAGUUCACGUCGACCCCAAGAAGAUUGAAGCCGUACGCACGUGGAAGACACCCGGGAACGUGAAGGAGUUGCUGCAGUUCCUAGGCUUCGCUAACUAUUACAACAGGUUUGUGCCACAGUACGCGAAAAUUGCAACACCACUCACAAAUCUGCUGAAGAAGAACACGCCCUAAAAGUGGGAACCAAAACAUCAGGAAGCCGU